AGCCACAAGGCCCGGUGCUCCUUCGCGGUCACGGUCAUGGAAGGCACGCCGGCAGCCAACUGGAGCAUCGAGUUGGACUUCGGGAGUGGAGUGCCACCAGGGGUGGAGGGAAACCGCACAGCCGGGCCGCCACGGCGCAACGAGGCCCUGGCGCGGGUGGAGGUGGCGGUACUGUGCCUCAUUCUGUUCCUGGCACUGAGCGGCAACGCGUGCGUGCUGCUGGCUCUGCGCACCACGCGCCACAAACACUCGCGUCUCUUCUUUUUCAUGAAGCACCUGAGCAUCGCCGACCUGGUGGUGGCUGUGUUCCAGGUGCUCCCGCAGCUGCUGUGGGACAUCACUUUCCGCUUCUAUGGGCCCGACUUGCUGUGUCGUCUGGUCAAAUACUUGCAGGUGGUGGGAAUGUUCGCCUCUACUUACCUGUUGCUGCUUAUGUCGCUCGACCGCUGCCUGGCCAUUUGCCAGCCUCUGCGUUCGCUGCGCCGCCGAACGGACCGCCUGGCGGUGCUGGCUACGUGGCUAGGUUGCCUAGUGGCUAGCGCGCCGCAGGUGCACAUUUUCUCACUGCGCGAAGUGGCAGACGGCGUCUUUGAUUGCUGGGCGGUCUUCAUCCAGCCCUGGGGACCCAAGGCCUAUGUCACGUGGAUCACGCUUGCCGUCUACAUUGUGCCUGUCAUCGUGCUGGCCGCCUGCUAUGGCCUCAUCAGCUUCAAGAUCUGGCAGAACCUGAGGCUCAAGACAGCAGCAGCGGCUGCGGCAGCCGAGGGGAGUGAUGCUGCUGGCGGAGGUGGGCGAGCGGCACUGGCAAGGGUCAGUAGUGUCAAGCUCAUCUCCAAGGCCAAGAUCCGCACAGUGAAGAUGACCUUCAUCAUCGUACUGGCCUUUGUCGUGUGCUGGACGCCUUUCUUCUUCGUGCAGAUGUGGAGCGUCUGGGAUGUCAAUGCGCCCAAGGAAGCUUCUGCCUUCAUCAUUGCCAUGCUCUUGGCCAGCCUCAACAGCUGCUGCAACCCCUGGAUCUACAUGCUCUUCACAGGUCACCUCUUCCACGAACUUGUGCAGCGCUUCCUCUGCUGCUCUGCCCGGUACCUGAAGGGCAGCCGGCCCGGAGAAACAAGCAUCAGCAAGAAAAGCAACUCAUCCACCUUUGUCCUGAGUCGUCGCAGCUCCAGCCAGCGGAGCUGUUCUCAACCAUCCUCAGCGUGAACCACAGGCCUGGUCCACGUGGCCAGCCUGCGGGUUGUAUGGACUCUGGUCUUCCCCUGGUGGCCAUGCAUGGAGCUGUAUAAGGUGCCCAGUG